AAAUUGAAAGUUUUGAUUCGGUCACUUACUAUAAUGAAUCAAUGCUUCCAACUUCAAGUUCAAGCUAUCAUCGCCACCUCUUUUCGCCAACGCCACUUCUCCUUUUCUUCCCGUUACACUGCCUCGAGGGUAUCAUUUUCUAGUUUUUGUUGCGGGAGAAAUUCAGAAAUGGAGGAAGUGAAGGUUGCUUCGGACUUCUUGGUGGGUGACCCUGCGUUGUUGGAGAAGAAAAUUGAUGCAAUUCGUUCGGGUGGUCCCCAGAAGCUUCAGGUGAUUGCUGAUUUUGAUGCCACGUUAACUAAGUUUUCGGUUAAUGGAACUCGUGGUCAAACCAGUCAUGGCCUUUUGCAGCAGGGUAAUCCAGAAUAUGAUGCCAAAAGGCAGCAAUUAUAUGAAUAUUACCAUCCAUUAGAGUUUUCACCGACUAUUGGACUUGAAGAGAAAACGAAGCUCAUGGAAGAGUGGUGGGGAAAAACACAUGCUCUGCUUGUUGAGGGAGGACUUACAUAUGAAUCAAUAAGACAAUCUGUUGCUAAUGCUAACAUAGCUUUCAGGGAAGGUGUCUCUGAACUUUUUGAGUUUCUGGAGGAAAGAGACAUUCCUGUGUUAAUAUUCUCUGCAGGGCUCGCUGAUAUCAUUGAAGAGGUCCUAAGGCAGAAACUUCACAGAUCCUUCAAGAAUGUGAGGAUAGUAUCCAACAGAAUGGUAUUUAAUGACAAUGGCAGCCUUGUAUCAUUUAAAGGAAAAUUGAUUCAUAGCUUAAAUAAAAAUGAGCACGCACUUGAUAUGGCAGCUCCUGUUCAUGAGAGGUUUGGUGAUAUGGAUGGUCCUACUGAUGACAAUGCCUCAUUGAAGAAGAGAACCAAUGUUCUCCUUCUUGGUGAUCACCUUGGAGACUUGAGAAUGUCUGAUGGUUUGAAUUAUGAGACCCGAAUAUCCAUGGGAUUCCUGAACCACAACAUUGAGAACUCACUCAGCUGCUAUCGAGAAGCUUUUGACGUUGUUUUUGUGAAUGAUGCAGCCAUGUGGGGAGUUAUCAAAUUGGUGUCUGAAAUCUGUUCAAGUGGUGUUUGAUUAUUUCCAGUCUCAUUCUUUUUUGCUUUAUAUUAGGAUUCCUUCGUAUUAUG